GUCACCAUGCCCUAAUUUUCUUUUCUCUAUCCAGCCAUGGCUGCCUCCACCGUGGGCAUUUUCAUUUUCUCUCUCCUCUUUUUGUCGACAUUCUCCCAUGCUUGUAUUCCAUGCAUGCCCAACAAGCCACCUCCAGCGUGCAUGCCCAACAAGCCACCUCCAGCGUGCAUGCCCACCAAGCCACCUCCAGCGUGCAUGCCCACCGAGCCACCUCCAGCGUGCAUGCCCAACAAGCCACCUCCAGCGUGCAUGCCCACCAAGCCACCUCCAGCGGCUCCACCGGUGAACCCCUUUUGCCCUAUAGACACAUUGAAGCUCGGGGCUUGUGUUGACCUCCUUGGAGGGGUGGUCAACCUUGUCAUUGGUUCACCACCUUCGAGCCAGUGUUGUGCUGUGCUCGAAGGCUUGGUAGACUUGGAAGUUGCGGUUUGCCUUUGCACCGCUAUUAAGGCUAAUGUGCUUGGGAUUAACUUGGACAUACCUGUUGCGCUUAGUUUGAUAAUCUCAACAUGUGGGAAAUCUAUUCCUCCAGGCUACAAAUGUGGCUAGAAAAAUGGGUGAUUUUGAACCAAAUGACUCAGUGUGUUGUGGUCUUGAAUUUGUUAAGAGUGUGUUGCAAAUAUAUGUCUGUAUGAGUGGUUUGGUGUUUAUUGCAGUGGUUACUAAUCUUUCUUUAUUUUAUUUUUUAUUGUGAUUGUUGGUUAACUGUUCUGGUUGAUGUGUGAUUUGCUCUAAUAAGAUGGGUUGUUUUUAUUAUUAUCAUUCAAUAUCUUUUUGAAUUAUUGUAAAUUCAAUUGGAUUAAUAAAGUAUGCAUUCAACGGUGA